GAACAGUAGUAAAUAAUUUAAAUUAUUUUGGAGAUAUAAAAAUGAGAAAAAAAUAUUUAAAAAAAUGUAAUAAAGAGCUUCUUAACUAAAAUUUUAAAUUAUGACGAUCUGAAAUUUCAACUUAGUUAAAAUGGAGUUUUCUCUGUUGAUAAAAUGAUUAAUAAAAGUAAUUAAAUUAAAUAAAUUUUUAUUUCAUUUGGACUCUCAUCCUUUCUUUAAGAUAUUUAAACAAGAACUCAAGAUCAUUUAUUCCAUUCACUUCUUUCAAGAUGGCUAGAACUAAAGGAAAUAAUACUACUGAACGACCUGCUACGUCUAAACAACCGAGAAAAUACUACGCCCCAAAGUCUGCUUCAAAAAAAGCAGCUGUCUCUUCUAAGAAAGCAGUUGCUAGUGUUUCUCAAAAGAAACCAGUAGCACGACAUUCUCAUCCAGGAAUUAAAGCUUUACAAGAAAUUAAAUUUUAUCAACGUUCAACAGAACUUUUAUUAAGAAAAUUACCAUUCCAACAUUUAGUAAGAGAAAUUGCUCAACAAUCUAAAUCUGAUUUGAGAUUUCAAUCUGCUGCUAUUGCAGCUCUUCAAGAAGCUGCUGAAGCUUAUCUUGUUGGUCUUUUUGAAGAUACUAAUUUAUGUUCACUUCAUGCUAAAAGAGUUACUAUUAUGCCAAAAGACAUGCAACUUGCUAGAAGAAUUAGAGGUGAACGUCAAUAAAUUGUA